AUGUCAGAUCAACAGUCAAUACCAACAUCAAGCGGAUCGCUAUCGCCCUCGCAUGCUCUCCUCGCGGCGUCUACCUUCGCAUCAACCGCGUCCUUGACCGGCUUGCGCUACCUACUCGCGACUUACCCAGACGCUUUCCCGUUACCAACAGUCCUCGAUAUACUCUUACGCUUCUUGCCCGAGACAACGCCAACUUCAGAAUAUGUCCAACUGGUUCACGACGCAUGGAAACGACAAUUGGGAUCACCUGCAGUUUUGGAAGGAGAAGAUGCGGAGGUUGUAACAAAUGUGACUGCUCUGAGCGAAAAGCGGGCGAGGAAGAAGCUACAGACUUUACAUCUCAAUACUUCUCCGGCUGCCGUUACCGACGAAGUUGACGCCCUUACUGCAUGGUUUCUCGCUCGCGCACGACACAUCGACAGACGCACCGGCCUGAUCGCACUCUCUCACCAAUUGUGCACAACAUCAGCAGCAGACCCUAGUUUCCCGCCCAGUGCAGUACGGCAAUGGGUAGCAAGCGUCGUAGCGCCAUGUGAAAUGCUUAUCUACAUAGACGGUGCCGACCUUUCCCUCGAGGAGUUCGAGAAUAUGCCAUCAGGACCCGCGGUUCGCCUUAUACUUGCUUCCGCCGACGUGCACAACGUGGCAUCGCGAGUACGUGGCUCAGUGGUUCCUUACCUUGCUAGUCGUCUAUCGGAGGAUCGAGCUGUGCUGUGGGAAUGGAUCGUCGAACGUGGCCAGAGGAAUGAGUUGGCGAUAGUGCGGGCGUUGUGCGAAGGAUGGGAGGAUGGGGAAAACUCGGUGAUGGCAUUCAUGCGGGCAUGUUAUGCUUGUCCAUCAGCUUCGCCUGCAACCAUUGAUAACAUACAUGCCAUUGUCAAGCUUCUGUCAAGUCGGGUGCCUGAGACCAAGGGACCACAGGCAGGCGUCGCUGCGCCCGGGUCGCCUUUGUCAGAUACGGCGGUUCUCACCGCGCCCAAUGCGUGGGCUUUGCACUUGCUUGAGCUGCUGACGACGUCAGCUUCUCUUACUAAGCUUAGCCUCGCUCAGGUCCUUGCUAUUCGGCAGGAUGUGGAGAAACAAUUACCGCUCCUCUUGAAGAUCGUUAAGGCCGAGGGCUGGAUGUCACGAGACGAUACUGCAUGGCGACGAACACGCGAUCACAUUCACUGGUUACAGAACAAGUCUUUGGUGCUGUCAUCUCUGAGUGAUGAUGAGAUCGAAUCGACGAUCUUGAGCGGCAUGCUAAGCGCUGGACGCUUUGGGCUUGCGAAGGAGCUAUAUGUGCUGAGUGCUCACAGGACGUUAAGUCCAUAUCAGGUUGAAAAGUCUGUGCUGGCCGCUUUCUCGGAGUUUUACGACAACGCGACUAAUGGGAACAGGACAAGAGGUGGCAUGAAGCAGGCUGAUACUGCACUUUCACUCAUCGCCACGUCAAAAACGCCGGAAGCCUCACGGGCGAGGAAGCUGCUGGAUGCUACACAUUCAUUGGCGGCAUACAGUUUGGUCUUGCAACCUGGCGUCCCUGUGAUGCCUGUGCAGAUCCGACUGUACCCCGAACCGGUUGGCUUGAUUGAAAAGGUCCUUGACUCAAACAGGGAAGCAUACAAGAAUGCCGAUAAGCUUAUGAGGGUUGUAAAUGAUCUCAUUGAGGGAACGGGGCGCGAAAUGGUAGAUGCUACCGCCCUAGAGGCACAGGUGGUGCGCAUGUGUAUAGAAGCAGCUCUCACGUCCGAUGACUUCGAGACCGCUUACGACCUCUGUUCCAACCGAUUGUUACCAGCUGCACGUAAGUCCGCGAAGGAGGACAUCAAGGACAACGCAUGGCUGGCGUGUUAUCAGGCUGGUCGUUACCAGGACGCAGAUGUUUCCAGAAGGUUGAAAGUGCUAUCUUUCGCCAUCGAGAUCUGCCCGGCCGCCAAACUGCAUGAAGUGCUCACGGCAUGGCGUGCCUGCGAAACCGAAUGGAGCCGGAUUCCAGUUGCUUCAAUCACAACUACUCCUGAGUCUCGUGCACGAGCUUCAACCUCGGUUGACCUAGCGAAGCUAGCUGUGGAACCGCCGAAGACGCUUCUCGCAGCCGCAGCAGGGGCAACUCGUGCUGCCAAAACCUUGGGCCGCAUUUUGGGUGACGAUACGCCUCUACCACCGACGUCGUCGCUUCUCUCUGCCUCCCGUGCAGCACGCUCUCUCGGUCGUUCUUUUGCUUCUCUCCAGUCAUCGGGUCGGGAACGUUCGUUGUCAUCUGGAUCCCAUGGACCGCAGCUCGAAGGACAAGAUCAAGGGCUAAUGGUAUUACUCUCUGGUUUUGGGCGUGACAGAGCUGGAGCGGUUGAGGAGCAAGCACCAUCAGUGCCGGACAUCAGAGGUCUCGCUGCGAAUGCCCUUACAAGUGGCUUGGGAUGGAUGUUAGGGGCUGAUGUCUCACGGCAGAGCAGGGAGCAAGAGAGAUGA